AUGAGCUCCACGGCGUCACCCAUGAGCCGCCCGGCGCACGUACGUGCUAUGGCUACAGUGGCGUCGACGCCCUCCGCUAGCCCACUACCCCAAGCCAAAUUUCAGACACGCUCUAUGAAAAUGGAGGACGGAAAGGACGUCACUUAUGCUACAUUCGAAGGCGAUAUGGAGAAGCCUUUGAUGGAUAAGCGUGACUAUCAACUUGUGCGACUGGGCAAUGAUCUCGAGGCCCUUGUAAUCAGCGAUCCAGAGACUGAUAAGGCCAGUGCCGCUAUGGAUGUGCGUGUUGGACACCUGAGUGAUCCGGCCGAUUUGCCUGGCAUGGCCCAUUUCUGUGAGCAUUUGCUCUUUAUGGGCACGAAAAAAUACCCCCGCGAAAAUGAAUACAGCGAAUUUUUGUCGAACCACAGCGGCAGCUCGAACGCGUUCACGUCGCUCGAGAACACCAACUAUUUCUUUGAUGUGGGUCAUGCUCAUCUGGAGGGCGCUCUGGAUCGGUUCGCGCAGUUCUUUCUAGAGCCGCUGUUCGAUCCCAGCUGCACAGAGCGGGAGAUUCGGGCUGUGGACUCGGAGCACAAGAAAAAUCUUCAGUCGGACCUUUGGCGCUCUUUCCAGCUGGAGAAGAGCCUGUGUGACCCUUCUCACGCCUAUUCGAAGUUCGGCACGGGCAAUCUGGCGACGCUGUGGGAGGAGCCGCGCGCACGGGGCGUGGACAUUCGCAACGAACUUCUCCAGUUCCAUGCUAAGUACUACAGCGCCAACAUGAUGAAGCUAGUUGUCCUGGGGCGCGAGUCUGUCGACCAGCUGACGCGCUGGGUCGUGGAGAAGUUUUCUCGUGUCCCCAACAAGGCCUGCGAAGCGCCAUUGUUCCCUGGAUCGCCGCUCGGGGCCGAGCAACGAGGUACCGAGGUUUUAUUCCGCACCAUCAAGGACGUGCAUGAGCUCGAUAUCCUGUUUCCCUUCCCUGAGCAGGUGCACUUGUUCCGCAGUAAGCCAGGGCAGCUCAUUUCCCAUUUUCUUGGGCACGAAGGCCAUGGUUCCCUGUUCUCAUGCCUGAAGCAGCGCGGCUGGGUAAAUGAGCUAAGCGCAGGCUCAGCGUUGAGUGCGCAGGGCUUUGAGCUGUUUAAAAUUCACAUGGCACUGACUCACGAGGGCUAUCAGCACUAUGAGGAUGUCGUCGCGGCUGUGUUCCAGUUCUUGCACCUACUCAAUGCGAAGCCCAUUGAGCCAUGGAUGUACGAGGAGGUGCGACGGCUGAGUGAGCUGCGUUUCGCCUUCAAGGAGAAAUCGUCCCCUGCUUUGUACGGCUCGACUCUGGCGAGCCAGAUGCAGCAGGGCUUGCCGCCUGCCUGGCUACUCUCCGGCCCCUACAUCCUGCGCGAGUUUGAUGCAGGCCUUAUCCGCUCGACGCUUGACUGCCUUCGCGUGGACAACUGCCGCAUCUCGCUUGCCGGCCGUGAGCCCCCGGCGGGGGUGACCUUGGACCGCACCGAGACGUGGUACGGCACGGAGUACACUGUGCGGAAGCUACGGCCGGAGCUCUUGCGCGAGCGCGAGACGCUGCAGGGCAUGUCACUUCCCCAGGAAAAUUCAUUCAUCCCUAGCGACCUGCAUGUGCUAGGUGCACCCAGUGACCUCCCUCCAACCCAACGGCCCCAGCUGUUGAUCCACGAUGCCAAAGGGCGCUUGUGGCACAAGCAGGAUGAUCGCUUCUUUUUGCCAAAAGCGAAUGUGGCUCUGCUGCUGCGCACACCUGCAGUGAACCACUCGCCGCGCACUGCAGUACUCUCGCGGCUGCUCGUGGAGCUUGUGAAGGAUGCGCUCUGCGAGUACUCCUAUGAUGCCGACGUGGCUGGCCUGCACUACACGGUGGAUAGCCAGAUGGACGGCAUUGACAUUAUUGUGGGCGGCUACAACGACAAGCUGCCCAAGCUGCUGCAGUCUGUCCUUGACUCCCUCACCCAGCUUCAAGUCGAUGCAAAGCGCUUUGAGAUCAUCAAGGAUCAGGUCCGUCGCAAUUAUCAAAACUUUGAUCUGGAGGAACCGUUCCAGCACGCGGCGUACUACGCGUCGUACCUGCUCACCGAGCAAAUGUGGACACAGCACGAAAAAUUACAGGUCAUUGACCAUAUACAAGCGGCGGAUGUCCAGGCGUACAUUCCUGAACUGUGCAAGGCCCUAUUUGUCGAUAUGCUGGUGCACGGCAACAUCAGCGCUGCACAGGCGCGUGGCCUGCUGUCGGAUGUACAGGGCCGACUGGCCUUCGAGGCGCUUUCCCCGCGCGACACGCUCCCACCUCGCUCCCUGUUGCUCGAGCCCGGCUCGCGUGUGUCGUGGUACGUACCAGUGGCAAAUCCGGGGAAUGUAAACUCGUCGCUGGAGUACUUUUGCCAGGUGAGCGACCCGAAUGAUGUUCCGCUGCGCGCCCAGCUCGCCUUAUUCGCACAGAUCGCCAGCGAGCCGUGCUUUGACCAGUUGCGCACCAAGGAGCAGCUCGGCUACCUCGUCUACAGUGGAGUGCGCAUGUCGAUCGGACAGGCAGGUUUCCAUGUGAUUGUGCAGUCCGAGCGCGACUCAGACUAUCUCGAGUCGCGUGUGGAUGCCUUCCUGGAGCAACUGCUGCGCCAGAUGCGUGCGAUGAGCGCAGACGAGUUUGAAGCACACCGCCAAUCCCUUAUCCACAAGCGUUUGGAGUCUGUGAGGAACCUGGCCGAGGAGACCAGCCGGUUCUGGCGCACCAUCCGCUCGGGCUACUUUGACUUUAUGAACCGUGAGCGUGAUGUGGCUGCGCUAGAGCGGCUGAGCCAGCAGGACGUGAUUACUUUCAUGGAGCAUUACAUCUGCCCCAGCAGUCCCCAUCGCUGCAAGGUCGUGACGCAUCUCCAGGCACAAACCCCCGCCGGCGAUGUGCUAACACUCCAUCCCGGGGUGCUGCCGGCCUUUUUCCAGUUCCUGGAGGGCCACGGAAUGGCAGUGCCUGCGGACGCACAGGAGACGCUCGCAGCACAGCUCACGAGCACUGCCUCGCUCACUUCGUUUGUGAAGCAGAUGUGUGCGGAAGGCGACCUGCCAUCGACACUAUCGGAACCAGCGCUGCUGGCCGAGGUCGACCGUUUGCUCAAGGCUAUGCCCUCUGUGCCCAAGCCGGAGACGGAGCCUGUGCUCCCGCCUGCUCCCCGGGAUGUGCUGGAACCCGUGCAAGUGUCGGAUGUCCGUAUAUUUAAGGAGGGCCUGGCCGCGAGUGCACACGCUGAGCCUGUGCUGCCUAUGGAGGUGUAUGCACGCGAUCCCCACACGGCUGUGGACGAGGCGCUGUACCUCCCUGCCCAACCCGCGGCUCACCGUGCACAGCUAUAG